AUGGGUGUCUGGAGAUCCCUGGUCCUCCUUUCGUUUUGCCAGUGCUGCCUUCAGUGGGCUGCAGCGGCCUCCAAGGUUCCGCAAGUCUACCAACAAUGGGAAACUGCCGAAGAAUUCCCGCAGCCCAAAUGGAGAAUAGGAGCGGAGUCGCCCGGGGGUGUAGAUCCUUCUCCGCAGAUGACUCUAAAUGUUCCGUUUGACGGAGCACCGAUAGGCGCAGAGAUCGCUGUAGAUUAUCUGGAAGCACCAGCAGUGGAGGGUACCGAGUCCCUCUUAGCUGAAGGACCGAAGGAUGGUGACAAAGCUAAAGGAGCCAAACUGCCCGGGAAAGGCGCUAUUAUGAGUCUAUCCAUGCUGUUGUUCCUUUGUGCUGGUUUGCUGGCCAUCGCUAAGAAAAAGGGGGCAGCGGCCCCAGCGGCUCCUACAGAGGAAGAGAUCACAUCGAAACCCCCAGAUAUGUCUGAUGAAGAGUAUAUGAAAAUGCGACUUGAACGAGUACAGAAAAUAUUUCACACCGCAGAAAAGAUGGCCACGCUUGUUGGCUCACCGGAGGCCUCUGGCGUGGUAUUAAAUAUCCAGAAAGCCCUAGAAAAUGCAAAGAAAGAAGAAGACCCAUCAACUGUAGAAGAACACCUGAAAUUAGCCAAUGGGGAAAUCGGAGAAUUGCACCAGUUAUUGAGAGAGUACAUAGAGGCUCUGGACAAUACAUACUCAAGGACCCCGCCCCUUCCCGUGCUCGCCCUUAAAGAAGGAGAUAAAGAUGUUCCCAUUAUGCAAGUAAUUAAUGAUAUAAGGAGAACAUCUUGUGUGCGUGGGGCAGUCUAUGUCUUGAAUUCCCUACGGGAGAAGUCAGAAAGAGAAUGGAAAUUCUUUAGGAAGCUAGCGAAGCACAUCACGAAAAUUCCUAACUAUCAAGAUGAAAAUGAUGAACAAAAGUUGGAGCACGUGAUCACCGGAGUUGAAUACCUGAAAUCUAUGGGCAUUUCUAAAGCUCAUGAUUUGGGGCUUGGAGAAAAAAUGAAAGAAAUUGCUGUUGAGGGUCUGCAUGAGAUGAUAUGUAGGGACCGUAUGGAGGACGUGUUGCAUUUUGAAAACGAUCUUGAUUUGUUGAAAAUAUCCGUUACUGCGAUGCAAAGAAGGCAUCCUCCUCCCGGGAUUGAACCCGAAGAAUACACCCAUGCAUGCUCUGUUCUUGAGUCACGAUUAGGUGACUUACAGGGUGUAGUAGAUGAUAUGUAUGCUCACUUAGUGGAUAUGCAACAGAGUCGAUCUCUUCAGGUAGCAUUUACAUCAAGCGGAAAACUUGAAGUUACCCUGGAAAUGGCGAAAGAUGAGCUGAGAGCUGUUAGGAAAGAUGCAGCUUCUGUUGACAUGGGGUUUGAUGCUGUUGGUAAGAGAGGAAAAGAAUUAAUUCCUGAUAAAGUUUUUCAAGCACCUAACACCGUUUCCUCUGAGCAGCGCACCAUCCGUGAACGUUUAAGAAAAUUGAGAAGAGAAAUUGAGAAAUACCAAAGGGAUAGAGCACGUAAUCCUGAUGAUCAAUCUAAUAGACUAAAUGAUUCAAUACCUGCAAAUAUUUUAUCCAGUAUACAAGGAACUGAGACUGCAACAGAGGUAAUCCUUAAUAAUGUUACAGAAAAACAAGGGAAUAUAUUGCAUAUGGCUGGGCAACAAGAAGUUACGCAAAUAGUUCGUGAUCAUUAUAGUCAAUUAGUUGCUCUAAGGACAGCACAAUUCACAACAGAAAUGUUAGACUUGGAUGCUAAACUUUUCCUUGUAUUAGAAGAAGAACUUAGACGUCAAAUACAGGAAGGAGAAGAGGCAGCAAGUUUUGUAUUCCCUGAGGAUUCUUCAUCCGCGAAGAAAUUGUUGCGGCUAAAACGUCAUUUUGAUGAAGAAAUAAGAGGCGUAACUCGCUCACGUUCUCUUACGGAUGCAGGGGAGUCUUUGUUAAAAACAAGAGCUAUACUAGAUAACAUGAAUUAUUUAAUUCGUGAAGCCCUUAUGCAUCCUUGA